AUGAUAAUUAUAAAGGAACAAGAGGAAGGGGAAUAUGAUACAAGGAAAACUGAGACACAACCGAAAAACCAAAAUAACAAGGAGAUAAUUGUAGAAGAACAAGAGGAAGGGAAAGUUGAUGCAAAACGAAAUAAAGAAGAACAAGAUGUAAAAGAAGGACAAAACAAUGAAGAAGAGGAAAAGACUGGAACCAUGGUGAUUUAUGAACCAAAUAGGGAUGAAUUUGAAAUGCUGAAUGAACUACCAAUCGUGAUUAAUGAGGAAGAAAAAGUGCAACUUCGAGGAAUGCCUUCGGUAAAUGAAGUCAAAGAAACAGUCGUGGGACUAAAUAAUGAUAGUGCAAAAGGGCCGGAUGGAAUGACAAGAGCUUUCUAUCAGCAAACAUGGGACAUUACUGGAGAGGACAUUUAUAGUAUGUUCAAGGCUUUCUUUGGAGAGGCAGAGCUUUUGAGAAUUAUUCAUGAACGACUUAAGGCAAUGUUAUCUAAGAUUAUUUUUCCGAAACAAGCAGAAUUUGUGCAAGGAAGGAGUAUAGCAGAGAAUGUGCUAUUAGUGCAAGAAAUCAUUGCUGAAAUCAGAAAGAAAGGAAAGCCACCAAAUCUAAUUAUAAAACUGGAUAUGAUGAAAGCUUAUGACAAGGUAGAAUGGAUAUUCAUGACUAAGGUAGAAGUGAGAACAAUGCAGAUGAUUACAGAUACUUUAAAGAGAUAUGAAGAUAAUUCAGGGCAGAAAAUAAACAAGGAGAAGAGUGUUAUUUAUAUGCAUUAUUCUGUAAUAGGACGAGAAGCAGUGAUAACUGAGUUGUGUUGGAGGGAGAGGAAGACAUUUGACAAAGUGGAGCAAUUUGUGUUUGCCAAAAAAGGAAAGGGGACUAUAAUUUAG